AAGGAUUUUUCACCCUUAUUUCUAUAAAAUGUUUUUUCAUAUAUUACAUUACCCUGAAAGUAAUAAUCAAACAUUACUGUCUGUCAAUUAUCUCUAUUAUAUUAUAAUCACAAUUAUAAUAUGCUCUGUUGUGCAGACUGUCUAUGAUUAUAGGUUAUAGUUUUAUUAUGGUGAUUUGGGUGAUGUGUGAUGUGGUGCUCUUGCUUUUGCUUUCUUUAAUUUGAAACAUCUUCAGAUCGGAUUUAAGGUAGAAUUUCUCAUGUUUUUGUGGAUGAUAACAAUUUGUGGCUAAAUUAAUCAAGCCAGAAUAAGAAUGUGGAUUAAUUUUAAUAAGGCGCAUGUACAAUACUGUGAGUGAAGUACAUAUUUUAUGAUUGGAGUUGGCCUUUUCCUAGGAAAAAUGGAAUGCAUGGAAACAUACUUCAAUUUUAAUAUAAAACAUAUGGAAUAUUGAUGCUAUGAAUAGCAGGUCUAUAGAGGAAAUAUUAUCAAAGUUAUCCAUAAAAUUUAAUAGGAUAUUUUGUGAAAAAGAAUUUGUAUGUUGUGUAUGUGAAGAUCUACAAAGAAUUAUUAAAAACGAAAAUAAAUGUUGUGUAUUAAUCUUUCCCAUACUCAGUCCAAAUUAUCUAAGAGUUGUUCGAUAUCAAGCUAAAUUGUCAGAUCUAGCGGUAAUUUCUUUGGGAAGUGGAAGUGCCAAAUCUGUGGGAAUAUGUCAAAAAAAGUUUUUAUUAUAUUCUGAAUCUGAAGAAAAAUAUAGUAAAAAUUUUGGAAGUCAGCAAAUGGCAGAGAAUAGCAACAGUACAAGAAAGAAAAGGCCACCAAUACAACUUUAUGUUCCACCUGCUCAAAGAAAACCUAAACAAAACGAGAAGAAGAUUAUACAGAAAGAUAGACCUCAAAUUGCAGGGGGUGAUGGAAAUGAGUCCCUUAGUUUUGCUUCAAGGGAGAAAGUUUUUACACCCUGUUAUCUAGCUGAUGCAGUUUUUGAAAAUGAAGAACUAUAUACCAAAAAUCAUAUUGACCAAACACAUCCAGAAGCUUUUGAUAUUGAUUGUCUAACUGAACCUGAAUCACCAAAAAAAUCUGAAGCAACAGGUCUUGUGAAUAAUAAACCAGACUGCCCAACACAAGAUAGUGUUAAUAUUAUUUCUGUAGCGGUGAACAAAUCAAAACAAAUAGAUAAUGUGAUUGUCUUGGAAGAAAACACAGAGCCUGUUAAAACCAGUCCUAAAAUAAGUAAAGAACCUAAGACAAAGAAAAACGAGCAUGAACAGGAAAAAGAAAUUAUGAGAAAAGCAAAACAAAACAUUAAUCGAAAAACGAGACCCAUUAUUAAGUAUAUAGAAGACGACAAUACUUUAAAAAUUGGUAAAAAUGACAAUGUUAACAACUGGGAAGAUUUAUUUGAUGAGAAUGGAGAAUUAGAAGAAGAAAUUUUUACGGAGAUAAUACAGAAAGUUGGACCUACUGUAACUAUAGCAAAAGCAGAGGAAGAUUAUUCGGCCUAUACGGCCAAACAAAUAGAAGAAUUGGAACAUAUGGUAGAGCUGCACGAUUUUCCCGCCACGAUGGAGACUCAAGAUUUAAUAUCAGCUUUUAGUGAACUAAAUAGUGACUCAAUGUAUGUGAAAUGGGUUGAUGAUACACAUGCUAUAUUAGUAUUAGGCUCAAGUACACAAGCGCAAAAGGCAAUGGCAAUAUCCAAUCCAUUCAUAAAAGUUCGUCCUAUGUCAGCAGCUAGCAAUUUGACUUUGGAAAAAGCCAAUCAGUUUGAUUUAAAACCUGCCAUGAGACGACCAGAAACAAACCUUCAAACUGCUAGGCGUCUGAUCACGUCACAUUUAGGUGCCAAAAGUCAAAUUAGCAAAGAACAAAGUGCCAAGGAACGCGAAAAUCUUAAGGCAGCCAAAGAAUUGAAAAAACAAACACGACAAAACGAAAAAGAUGCUUGGGAAGGAAACCUUAAGUCAACAGUAAACUAGCCAUCAAUUAAUUGAUAAUUUUAAAAUUAUGAAGUGCCUUAACAAUCGGAAAAAAAUAUAUAUUUCCAUAUUUUCAGUUUUGUGAUAAUAUUUAUAUUUUUAUGUUUUAUUUUCUUUAUUUUUUGCGAUCUUUUAGAUAGCAAAUAUUUACAAUAAAUGUUAACUG